AUGUGUUUUUCGCGAGUUCGUCUAGUACUUGUGCUCUGCCUUCUAGCGUCGCUCCUGCUCUUCCUCACGUCGCCAUUGGCGGUCCAGCUGCGUCUGCUCCUCCGAAUGCCUUUCAUCUGGCAAAAGUCCGCUGCUGGGUCCAUUCUCUCACAUGACCGCGACGGCUUCGAUGUCACUUUUCGCGCCUACGAUAGCGAACAACCUCUCCCACAUUCGUCUCUAGUGCCCGCGACGCUCCACCACGUCCACCUCGGAGGCACAGCCCUCCGACCAGAAUGGCUGACCGCCAGGGAAGAGUGUCUGCGGAUACAUCCCGGAUGGAAGACACACACCUGGGACGAUACAACCGCCAAUCAGUUCGUGCGCGAACACUUCCCCGAGCUCCAGGAUACCUGGAACAGCUACCCAUACCUCGUCCAGAAGGUAGAUGCACUGCGCUACAUGAUUCUGUACAUCCACGGAGGCGCGAUCUUAGACCUCGAUCUCGUCUGUAAGCGAUCGCUCGAGCCCCUGCGCAGGUUCGACUUCGUCGCGCCCGCCGCCUACCCCGCCGGCUUCUCCAUCGGCAUGAUCCUUUCCACUCCGAAGAACUCUUUUGUCCGCGAUCUGAUUGACAACCUCCCCCGGUUCAAUCGUCGCUGGUUCCUGUUUCCGUAUGUGACGGUUAUGUUCAGUACCGGGUGUCACUAUGCGUCGACAAUUUAUACUACCCAGGCAAAUCGAACGUCGCUCCGUAUCCUGUCCGGUACCCCCGGUCGUCCGAAUAUGCAUAUGUUAAAUGGAGAGGUGGACACCCCGCUCUUCCGACAUCUGGGGACCUCGUCUUGGCAUGCGAAUGAUGCACUUUUCGUCCGGAUGGUGGAGGAGUUCGGGGGACGGGUUCUAUAUUGUGUUCUUUCUGCGGUUGUAGUGGGUGGGUGUGUCGUGGCUUCGUUGUCUAUAGUGGCCCGACGGCGUUCUGUGAGAAGGGAGACGUCGCCGUCACCAUCUAAGAUUUCUGAAAAGGUCGUGUGA